UGUAAUUUACUAAUAAUGCACCAGUUAGUCAAUGAUGAAGCCUGUAGUCUACUCGAAACAAACAGCUAAUCCACGAGGAACUAUUGACACUGUCAUCAAACACAUGACAUUCAGAUCUUUGUCUUAACGUCAUUAUUGAUAAUAUAUGAAGUUCAGCGUUCUUUAACGUUAGAAGAACUUAAAUACAUGGGUUGUCUAACUUGCUAUCUCAAAUUGUUACAUUGGAAAAGUCCUUUAACACAAGAUACACAUAGUACACAUAGGCAAACACAUUUAAUAAUUACACAUAAAGUAAUUCCAGCAGAAGUUGAGCUAUUUUGUCUUACCAAAUCGAAUGCCCUGAUAUUUACAGGUGAGUUCGCCGUGUUUGCCGCGGACUUCUCGAGGAGAGGUGAGGGAGAAGAGCACAAGUGCGAGGGCUGUGGACGCGUGUACAGGCACUACGGCUCCUUGUACAACCACCAGAGGUUCGAGUGCGGCAAGACUGCGUCCUUCCUCUGCACGGAGUGUCCUUUCCGCACCAAGCGGAAGGGCAACCUCACGUCUCACUUCGCCGUCAAACACGGCAACGCGUCCUCGAAACAGUUCAAUUAGCACUUCGUCCUCGAUUAUCCGAACUUCUCGGUUAACUGAGGUCAUCUACAGACAGUGGGGAAUAAACAGAUGUAAAGCGCUGUACCCCGCCAGAUACACCAAGAAGUCGGUAAUUUGUUCUAAAACUCUAAUGAAAGUGUUUAGACUUUAAUAAACGAAAAUUAUUAAAAGUAAUAAAAGACUUUAUAACUGUUUGCAAAUA